AUGGGUUUAGAUUUAAACGGGAGUUUGAAUAGUGAAGAACACAUUGAAUAAAUAACACAAAAUUUUUUAAACAAAUUAUAAAAGAAAGAAAUUAUUAAAGAAUUUAUUUAAAAGCAAACAAAGAAUUUUAUAAAACAAGAAUUUUAAAAAACAAACAAAGACAUUGAAGACUUUUAAGAAGAAAAAGUGAUAAAAAAGUGAAUUUUAACAAAAAAAGUGUUAAGCAAUAAAUUAAAAGAAAAAAAGAAAUUAAGUGAAAAUGAUGGGCCUAAGAACAUUUUUAGUGGCCUGUUUGGCAGUAAUUAUUAUGAAUUUCAUAAAUGUAACGGAUUCCUAUGCUAUAGGUCAAUCAAAAUUGGGACGCAUAGAAAAGUUUCCCUAUCAGGUGAUGUUAAUUGGCAAACAGCUGUGGCGCAAACGCAUUUUAUGUGGCGGCACUUUACUGGAUAAUCGAUGGAUUUUAACUGCCGGCCAUUGUACUAUGGGUGUAACACAUUUUGAUGUUUACUUGGGCACUAAGAGUGUAGACGAAUCUUUGGAAUCGGGCAAAGUUAUCUUGAGAAGUAAUAAAUUUAUAGUGCAUGAAAGAUUUAAUCCAGUUACAGCAGCCAACGAUAUUGCCUUGGUUAAGUUGCCAGAAGAUGUGCAAUUUACUGCACGCAUUAAGCCCGCCACUUUACCCUAUAGCAUGAAAAGCAAUCAAUUUACCGGUUCCAAAGUAGUGGCCACCGGUUGGGGUGCUGCUGGUGAAACUAGAAACUCAGAUCCCAUGCAAUAUACCGAACUUAGAGUCAUCUCUAAUAGCGAGUGUGCCAAUGAAUUUGAUGUUAUAACCGAUGGUGUUAUGUGUGCUAAAGGCUUGAAAGAUGAAACCGUUUGCUCUGGUGAUUCUGGCGGCCCUUUGGUUUUAAAAGGUACACAAAUGGUAGUGGGUAUUACCAGCUUUGGUCCAGCUGAUGGUUGUGAAACUAAUAUACCUGGUGGUUUUACCCGUGUAACCCAUUAUUUGGAUUGGAUUGAUGCUAAAAUUGGUAACAGUCAGCAAACUCAACAUAGACCAUCACAACAUAAUCAACACAGACAACAUUUACACUUAAGGGCUGGUGAUCAUCAAAAUGCCAUCUAGACAUUUAAGGUACCUCCCUAAUCCAAGCAAAUGGCUGUGUUAAUUAAGGAUGUUGCUGUUGCAACAUCUGCAACAAUUUAUCUCAUAUUUGACUGACUGAAAUUUAUAGCUUUAUUUUUUUUUUAAUUUUAAACCAGUUAUUAUAGUUUUUAAGUCCCAGGAAUUUCAAAUUUUUUCUAGUUAAAAAAAUUCUGUUAAAAUUCCUCUAAUUAUUACAAAACAAAAAAAAAAAAACUGGCCGUUUUUGAGCCAAUUAAAUCAUUUUUAUAUUUAAACUUAAAGAAAACAAAACCUGAAACAAAACAUUCCCUUUCAAUUUGGUUGUGAUAAGCAAAAUUUUUUUUAUUUAAAUUAAUUACUACUACUACUACUACUAUUAAUUUAUAAGCAUUUAAAUGUAUUAUUUAUUUAAAUUAUUCUAUAAUUUUUAAGCCUGAUUGUGAA